CCAAAACCAAGAUAAAAUGGCGGUCGAAUUUGUACAGAAAGCUCUUGAAAAGUGUCGCGUUCUUAGAGAUAAAAUUUGGCAUAGUGCCACUUCAUCUGAAGAGAAAUAUAUACGAAUAUAUUUAUCAGAUGCAUUAUUUUCUAGCGCAGUUGCUGGAAUAACGUUUCCAGUAUUUCUAGGAUGUUUACAAACUGGAAUUUUUCGUCCUUUACGUAUUUCCUCAAACCUUUUGUUCGCUCCUGUCUGUGGUUGUAUUUCGGUAUUCAUAUCAGGGGGUUGUGCCUCACUGUUGCUUCUAUCGAGCUUUUCAUUUAUCGGAAAAAAUGAUUGGCACAAAACUUUACUAGAUAAACGCCAAGGGUAUGUUCAUGUUCCAAACGAAUAUUCAUUAGCGAUUUCAGUGCGUCCCGCGGAUGUUCCACUGUGUGGAUUUGGGAGUUUGAUCGCGUUUAAGAUCUUGGGAGGACGAUUUCGAUCAGUGUUACCAAGCAGCUUGAUUCAUCCAGGAGCAUUUGCUAGAAAGUACAUUCCAGCCAAAGGACAGAAUUAUGCAUCUGCAACUGUUAGAAGAAGGCUUCGUUUGUUGGGUGAGUUUUGCUGAGUACAGCCCGCGAACAAGUGCACUGUACAAGUCCUGUUCAUUUGCUAGCACUGAGCAAUUAUCUCUAGUUUGAUCAACACCAUAUCUACAGCACUGAUCGACUGAAUCUGAUGGUGGGUGCCAGGCUUAGUUUGUCAUUAUAUUUUGUGCAGGAAGGGAAUAUGGCUGUCACUCCUGUGGAAGACGAUGGUGGACAUCUUUUGUUGGGGAUCACAUACCUCCAAAUAAGUUGGUUAGAGAAGGACAGCAACAAAGAUUUUAUCCACAGUGCACCCACUGCUCAUAUUUACAAGGUGAAAGUUCAUAAACUAGGACUACUGUUUAAGAGGCAUAAAAGUACUAGUACAUGCAUGUUUGCUAUUGAAAAAUCAUUGUUACUGCAUGCAAAAUUUAUGAUUAGAUGAAACAACCACAAGGAACUUAUACAAGUUGACAGCGUAUGUGAAAUUGGUUACACUGCAAAUAUUUUUUCUGAUAAGGCAAGAGUCAAUUGUCACUUCCUUGCUCUUCACCUGUUUAACCAUAAGUGAUUACUAAAUUUUUUAAGAGUUAAGAAUUUUUUUUUAACUAGAGAAUCUCUAUUUAAUUGAUGACUGAUGUUAAAUUUUGGCCUUUGACUUUUUUAACUCCCACUUUUGAUUGACAUGCAACUUCACAUGGCAAUAUUACUAAAUAACUCAGCAAACAGGUAAUGAGUGUUGACAUUGUUCCUAGCUAUGGGAAAUUAUCUGGAUUUCACAUCCGAAAUGAGUUACAGUAGUAGAACCAGUUCACCAAUGACAGCAGCUUCUCUCUUCCCACCAGGAGCAGCUUUGUCUUCCAUGUCAAGACUGCAACAUAUCAAAACACAUGGCACAUCUUUAAGACCCUAUCAUUUAUGGUUACCACUACCACUUCCACUGGCAGUUCUUAGGAAUUACAUCAAUGAAAACUCUGGUGCAAAAGAGCUUGAUGAAAACUCUGUUUCAAAAGAGGCUGAUGAGGACUCUAUUUCAAAAGAGGCUAAUGAAGACCCUGGUACAAAAGAGGUCAAUAAAGGGUCUGACAUUGCAGAUGAAAUCCAAGAUGGAUAUUUGCAUACAAUCCUGAAUGGAGUGCUAAUCCUUUUGAAAAUUAAGAAAAAAGAUGAUAGUGAAGACUAUGAUUGAAUCAGAAUAUAAGAAAGAUGUGCAUGAGAAAUUGUUUUAUAAUGUUUUUAUUUUCUUUGAAGAUUGACUAGUUUACUACUCAAAUUUAAUGCUGUACACAUUCAAGUUACUGCAAAUGCUCUUAUGUGCCUUAUUUCCAGGGUUAGUUCAAAC